CAGCAAGUCGGAUUUUGCACCAGAGAUUUGGGGACGUUGAGAUCUGAACACGCUUUGGACAUUGAGAACGGCGAGUAAGCACGACUGCUCUUGAAUAGUGCCCUCGUCGACAGCACCCGUGUUCGAGUAUCACAACUGUCCACAAUCAAAAGAACUCUUUCUAUUGUCGAGUAAGGCGGAGAUAAAGAGACAUGGUGUUAGCCGAUCUCGGCCGGAAGAUCAACAAUGCCCUUCGGUCGCUAACCCAGGAAUCUGUCAUUGACGAAAAAGUUCUUGACGGCAUUCUUCGGGAAGUAUGCGCUGCCCUUUUGGAAUCCGAUGUCAAUGUUCGAUUGGUCCAAAACCUACGAAAGAAUAUCAAACAGAUCGUCAAUUUAGACGAACUUGCCGCUGGAGUGAAUAAGCGUCGUGUGAUUCAAAAGGCGAUUUUUGAUGAGCUGUGUCGUUUGGUGGAUCCUGGAGUGGAACCUUUCAAGCCGAAAAAGGGGAAGCCAAAUGUGGUCAUGUUCGUCGGGUUACAGGGUGCAGGGAAAACGACAACAUGUACGAAACUGGCCUACCAUUACCAGCGAAAAGGCUGGAAAACUUGUCUGAUUGCUGCGGAUACGUUCCGUGCCGGUGCAUUCGAUCAGUUGAAGCAGAACGCCACCAAAGCAAAGAUUCCAUAUUAUGGUAGUUACACCGAGAAUGAUCCAGCGGUUUUAGCUGCAGAAGGUAUUGCAAAAUUCAAGAAGGAGGGCUUUGAAAUUAUCAUUGUGGAUACGUCUGGACGACAUAAGCAGGAGGCAGCGCUGUUUGAGGAGAUGAAGCAGAUUGCUGAAGCAGCCGAUCCGGACCAUUACAUUUUUGUCAUGGACGGAACCAUCGGGCAAGCUGCAGAUUUACAGGCGAGAGCUUUCAGAGAUGCAGUACCCAUCGGAUCUAUCAUCGUGACGAAACUGGACGGACAUGCUAAAGGUGGUGGUGCGAUCUCUGCUGUUGCCGCAACGGGAAGUCCUAUAAUUUUCAUCGGUACCGGAGAGCAUAUUCACGAUCUGGACCCAUUCAGAGCGAAGCCUUUCGUUAGUAAAAUGCUAGGGAUGGGGGAUAUCGGUGGCCUCAUUGAAACAGUUCAAGAUAUGAAACUCGAUCAAAACAAGGGCCUUUUGAAAAAGCUCGAACAGGGUGUCUUCACACUACGUGACAUGCAUGACCAACUCCAAACCAUCUCCAAUAUGGGUCCUCUUUCAAAAGUCAUGAGUAUGGUUCCCGGAAUACCUCAAGAAAUGCUCCAACUUAGCGACAAAGAGGGAUCGGUGCGCCUCAAGCGCUUCAUGUGCAUGAUGGAUAGUAUGACGGACGCAGAACUGGAUUCAGAUUCCAAAGUGUUUUCACAACAACCGACCCGAAUAUAUCGAGUAGCAAAGGGGAGUGGCACAACAGUAAGAGAGGUAGAGGAGAUGCUGGUGCAGUUCAAAAAGUUUGCGGACGUUGUAAAGCAAAUGGGAGGAAACAAGGGCUUCUUGAAAGGACUAGCACAAGGCAAACCAGGUCGAAUGAACCCGAACCAGAUGGCAAGCCAAAUGUCAAGAAUGGUGCCUCCCGGCAUGAUGCAGCAAAUGAACCAGAUGGGUGGAAUGGAGGGAAUACAGAACAUAAUGCAGCAACUGACGAGCGGUGGCGGUGGUGGAGGUGGCGGUAUGCCUGGGUUACAAAACAUGAUGCAACAGCUUUUAGGAGGUAUGGGUGGGGGACGAGGUGGGGGUGGUGGUGGUGGACGGGUGCGAGUGAAAAGAAGAUGAGUUGGCUGCAAGAGGAGGGGGGACUGUGCAUGCAUUUAUUGUGUGCCAGGUCGGUAGGUGUCAACACAUACUAAUAGAUUAUCGAAAAUCCAAAGACUCAGCGUCGUAUUUCAUGAGUGGCAGUAUGCUGAGGACAAAACAGAGGACCGCCA